UGGGAACAGACACACUUCCCUUACUACUGGAGAAUCAAGACAAACUGUGGCAAGAGGCUGUCUCCCCUCGACGCAAUCCGCGCAUGCAAUACAAGUAGUAUGUUGGUGGUUGGAAGCUGAAUUGAAUACGGACAAACACGAGACAUUGCCCCUUUAUUCGAUUCGUCCUUCCAAUCUCUGUGUGAGGGGAUGGCAGUGAUGAAAAGAGCCUCAAAAAUCCCUUUUUCGCUUGGUUAGCAGUUCACCCGGCAGGGAGUGGCACGCGCGACACCGGACUGCGGUAUGGGGAAACGCGAUGAGGCAACCGCGUAGCCCAUUUUUGCAAGCACGGACGCGCAUAUCUCUUAUGCCCGCUGCGUUCGGUCUGCUUUGUUUUUCUUGGCAAAGGGUGCCAGUGUCAUGGAAAAGGCAAUGGCUGUUUUGGUCAACUUCGAAAAGUCGCGACUGUUGCACAGUUAGACCUCCUACCGUACCAGUUCGAUGACAACUAGAUGUACUACGGCGUUUGUUUGAAGUAGACAUCCUUGUCGUGCUCCAUAGCAUAAUGCCCAGGUACAGCUCUCCGGGAACUUGCCCACCGGGUUCGUCAUCCGCUUCUUCCACUUCGUCUUCCUCCUCUACAGAUGCCGACUCCAGGUUUGUGCCGCUGUCAGCAGUUUACGAACGGCUCAGGCGACUAGGCGAACGCCUGCAUCGUCAAGGAGGAGGUUCCAAGAAAAAAGGCGCAGGUCUUGGCCUUUGGCUGACGUCUAAGUCGUUUCCUGUCUCCUCCAUUUGUCCAGCGGGUGUUGUUGUCUUAGUCUACUUCAAAGGCAAACAAUGGAGCAGCACCGGCGUGCAUGUCUCUCAUUCUUUCUGCUCUCACGUGGAUCAAUCAAUGAGAGGUAGUGCCCAGAGGCCUAUCAAUCCGAUGGAGGAACCAGAGCCUAGAGAUGUUGCUGCAGAAAGAGGCUCCGCUUGCAAGUCCCCUGUGGCUGCCUCUUCCCCACUGGCAUCCCGCGAUUUGCCACUGCCUUCGUCAGAAACGGUGGCAGUUCCUUCCCCGUGUUCUUCUCGCUCUCCGCGGCCUGUACUAGUCGUGACCGUGGAAGAGGCACUCUUCUUCCUAGCAGGGAAGAACCCACAUGCGACAGGGUCUUCCUUAGUCAUUUUUGACUCUCAGACGGCUCGGCAAGUGCACGCUUUGGAUCUUCUUCUCGCUCUCCUCAAAGGGCGGCUUCCUGCUGCCACACCUCGACCGAGCACCGCAGUACAGCGUUUCCGAGAAAGAAACGCGCGAGCAGGAAAUGAACAGAGCGGCUGCUCCUGUGAUCGACUGGCUCAUCUGGAAAACGCUACAGAGGACUCAGUGUCUCCCCGAAGGUUACCAAAACUGAGGGGCGCACAGGAUGAGUCUACACAACAGAAUGUAGGAAUGAUGGUGGAACGAACACUGCUUGGUGAGGGGAGAUUGACCGGAGAGCCGUGCAUCACUCGACGAGAAGACCGGGUCCGUUCUACCUAUCGUGAAGAAGUGGGGACGCCUCCUCCUCCUGGGUUUGCAGAUCAGUCACAUUUCACGUAUCAAGAGCUGCAGGUGUACUUACAACUUAAGGGUCUAGGACUGCCGAUCAGAAAUCGCCACAGCUCCGAGCUUGCAGCUGCAGUUCGACUCUGCCCGAUUGUAGUUUCUUCACGAUUCCUCUCUCCUUCUUUUCCGGAGCUAUGCUCUCCGGUUGACGAGAUUUCUAACUUCCCGACCAUGUCCACGUUGAGAUCUCAUAGCUCGUCAUCAGGAACUGAAGCCGGUAAUUCCGGUCAAGGCGAAGAGGAACGCAUACACCGGACUCCAGGUUUGGCGGUUCACCCCGAGGCCUCUCCCCGGUCGCCGUGGGUGAUCCUGCUUGAAAGGAGGCACAAACGAAGGACGGAAUUCGAUGAAUAUCCUUCGCCAGCGGGUGCACGCGCUGGCUCUUCGCCCUCCAGGCUUCCAGGACUCUGUCUUGCCAUGGAAGAGGAGGAUUUUAGUCUCUCCGAAGUCAGCGUGGCGAGUGACACAGGUAACGAUAGCUGCAGUCACACGUUGACAGAUAGUGAUUGUGGUAGUGAAGGCGAAGGUGUUGCACCGGACUUGGAAGAAUUAUCCAUAAGUCUCGCCGGGCCAAAUAAGCCAAACGCCAGACACAAAAGUGCAGGAAAAUCAACGCCACGUCAAGAUGGUGAAGACACGAUGCCCGCCACAAAUCGGCUUCCUGUUCUCCCAGUCAGUCCCGAAGCAACUGCGGCACACGUUCUGCUUCCCCAUUUUGGUGUUCUGCGUGCGUUUGGGGUGACAGUGGGUUCAGCUCUUUCCGUUACAAGAAGUCAGAGGGACACUAGGGAACAGAAGUGUGACAGCGGACGUGAUUACGGAGCUUCUUUCACGGCUCCAUCCAGUGGUGGGAGAUUCGAGGAAAAGUCGCCCAGCAUACGGAAUAAGCACUCUCAAAUAAAGAACUCACGGAGGUCGAAAAUUCCAAAAAAAUGUCAGCCUGAAGUCGCGCAAUUCAGAGAAUGGAGGGGCAUAGAACAUCGUGAAGUCGAUAGUUCAGCUGGCGGGAGUGGAAAAGAGGACGAAGAUGACAGCGAACUGCCGGAUGGCGGCCCACAUAGGAAGAAGAAACUAUGCAAGAUAGAGUCAAAGACAAAUAUAGGCGCAUUGGUACAGGAGACACUGCAGAAGGACGUGCCAUCGCUACCGUUGUUGGUGGCCCCCACGUCUCUUGAUGGCGGCGUCACAUUCCUCACCGCGCAGCAAGUGAUGGUCCUCUGAAAACUCAUCAGCGUACAUUUGCAGAAAUCUUGUCAACCGCUUUUGUACGAUUCAUCAAGGGGAAUUUUGGAAACGAUUUCAUGGGCGUUCGUUCGAGAGAAACUGUUGUCGCGGUGCCUGGACGUCACCUGUCGCUUGCGUACAAAUGAUAUGGAAUUCGCAGUGUGGUGUUGUCACCAGGACUUCCGCGAGUAGCGGACGGCACCUGUUUUUGUCGAAAACGUCUAUGGAAUGGUCUAACUCGGCAACAGCACGUUCAUGCUGAAAGUCAUGCAAGAAAGCGGCUGACGGAGGAGGCUUAGAAGAACGCCUCUCUUCAUCUAAAGGAGCAUCUCACGACAGAGGAUGCCAAGAGACUGUUUCUGCGUUUAUUUGCUGGUAUUUUUGUCGCUGAUACUGAUAUGCUUGGCGGUAGGGUCAAACCUUUAGGGUCACUGGCGUUGCAAGCAGGUAACCCCGCAUUGGGACUAUGAGGUAUUGAAACUAUGGAAGAACCCACACGCAUCGAAGACGGGUAUCUUGCCGUAUUGGAGCAAGCAGAACAUUACCCUAGGUACACUGUCCGAAUCCAUCGACCGAAGAAGCUGUGACACGUCUUAGGCGCAUUUUCUACCAUCUUACACAAAGUGCCUCCUGUCUCUCGUCAGGUGCAGUACAUACAGCGCCUCAGCCGGAAAGACCUGCCUUUACGGCGCGAUAUAUUUCGGUUUCUGUCGAGUGAUUUGCUUAAGGAGGCAAGACCGUUUCUUCGCUGUGGAAAAUACGAUAACUUCUUUUU